UGGGCGAGGCUGUCCCAAGUUGCUGUCCAGGGUGCUCAAUACAACUCUCCUGAACGUCUGCCCCACCCGAAGUGUCUGGAAAUGACCCGGGUGGAUCUCCUCAAAUACACCUGCCGAUUAUUGGACGAAGAGAAGGAGAAUCAACUUAUAUGGCUGCAUGACACGGCAGGUGUCGGAAAGUCCGCCGUCGCGUUCACCGUAGCAGAGAGGACGCAAGGUCUAAAAGUAACAGAGGAGACGAAUGUCGAAAAGGGGCUAGCGGGAGCAUUCCUUUUCUCGCGUAAGCAUACCAAA